AUGGCGUCAAACUCAAUGAGUGCUUCCAGGAACUUCAGCUCAAGCUCGUGGACGCCCAAGCAGAACAAGUUGUUCGAGAAGGCACUGGCCCUCUACGACAAGGACACCCCUGACCGCUGGCAGAAUGUGGGUAGGGCUGUUGGCAAAUCCGCUGAAGAAGUCAAGUCCCACUACGAGCUCCUCGUCAACGAUCUCAGGGCUAUCGAGUCCGGUCGGAUUCCAUUCCCCAAUUAUAAGCCAAGUGGCAACGCCAACUGA